UUCCUUAAACAUUUGGUAUAAAUAAAACAGCAGUAUUAAAUGGGUAGUUAUCAGUGAGGUGUAUGUCUUUUUAAACGUAUGUUCUGACAUUGUUUUUUACGGAUGAUGAGCUGAGGGCGUAACGGCAAAUAAGAAUGUCACCACUGCUGUUGCAAACUGUGGUCUUGCUGGCUCAAGUUGUGACCAUUGAAAUGUGCAAAGCAAAUACGUAUCCACAUUGUCACAGUUGGCAUGCAUGCUCAAAGCCAUGCGGCGGAGGAACACGUAAACGAAUGUGUGAAUCGUGUGUUUUAUAUCAAGACAAAUGGUUCUAUGAAGACUGCAAUGAGUUCUGCCGCUACGGUCAUAGAUAUUAUUCCGGGAGAUGUCAUUGUCCGUCAUGGAGAUAUGGUGAAUGCUGUGAACAUUGCAGGCAUAUCAAUAUACAGCACUGCAUACCUGGCCAACAAACGUGUGGGGGCUCUCCUGACAAUAUUAAAUGUACGAAGUGUUACGAUCCUUACUACCCAGCAGGUUAUGGAAAUGGCUGCAGAGAAUGUCCGAAGAUAAGCCAUUGUAUUUCUCGACAUUGUACGACUCCAUCCAACAAUAAGUGCUUGAUUUGUGAAGACAACAAUGUGUUCUUUAAGAAGACUACAGCAGACACCAAGUGUGACCGAAUGUGCUCCUUCAACAACCAUUACUGUUGGCCUGGAAGUUGUGGACAAAGCUUAACAAAGAAUUGCAACUGCGCCAAAGGAUUCAAACAAAAAGCUACAGGAAACGAAACAACGUGUCAACCUUCGCAGCUGCCUGUGAUUGAAACGUGUGACACUGUGGUAGUUGGGCCAAAUGGCGAAAAGAGAAGAGCAAUGAGUAGCAGCACAUUUACUGCCUGUAAAUAUCUAGCUGAUAUGUAUGGGAACUAUCAACCAGCUUCUGUUACGACGGAAAUGAUGUCAACGUUCUUCAUCGACGUGUCGAAUGAGUCACGGCCUGCAUUCAUUCAUGAGGAAAGGUUCGGUGUCACAGAUACGAAUGUCAAUAUUGACAAAAAGCUUGUAAAUGGUACAAACAAAAGGCUUACAACUCAUCCUCAACUGACAGAUACCAAUCACAGUACUCAAGCAACUGAUACAUACUCAUCUACAGGAAACUUUUCAGCCAACUACACAUUGACUAACGGAGAAGCAGUAUGUGUUGUUUUUGAAGCUUACGGAGGAGGAUAUUUGAAGAAUGUUGAUAUCACUUCCAUAUCCCACACCAUAUCUGAACCCGUUCCCUACCAAAAAAUUAAAACUUCAAGAGAACUAUGCUACAGGUUUGACAACGCGAAACCCGUACAUUGUCAAGCAAUUAACAUUUGCAAUAUUGAACCCGUCUCUAUGCAUAGUCGAGUGACACGUUCGUCAGUUACCACACUUACAUUCAAUGGCUGGGUGGACCCAAUACCUGAUGGCGGGAAGAAUGUGCAAGCCUCUGGAAUAGAGAGCUAUCAAGUAACGAUUAAUGAGGUACUCGCUUCGAAAGGAAACUUAAAAGUAGAUACGGCAGUAGUCUAUACUAAUAAAGUGAAUAAAACUACAUCGACCAUGGAACUAAAUUUAACAUCGGAUAAACCUAGAUUGUACAGUAUAACUCUUGAGGUCAAAGAUGUUGCGGACAAUGUUCGUCAGGCCAGGCGCUUUAUGCUCUAUGACAACACAAGUUUCAUUGAAACUCGGCCUGAUAAACAUUACAGGGUGACAUCCGCUUCUAGACAAACUAACUUUGAUUGGCAAACUCAUCAUCAUGAUAUUUGUAUAUCAUGGAAUGAUUAUUUUCUAAAUCGUUUCUAUUUGGAGAAUGAACUCCUUAACCCCAUAGAACCUGAUCCAUUUGGACUUAUCAAUGGAACUUACGAGCAAAAUUCUGGCGUUCUCCCAGUUUCCGGUACACCAAAUGUAUAUGGCAUCAUAAGAUUCAUGCUGUCUUGGAGCUUAGAUGGAGGGAGCUUUUCAACUGAGACAGAAGUACCAAAUUUUCUCAACCAGUCCCUAUGCAGAGAAUUUAAAGUGAGCGAUGGCCAAACUUACAUGCUGAAAAUUCGUGCAGUGGAUAUUGCAAAUAACACAUAUAGCGAAAACAGAUCUGUCCAUAUCGACCAGUCCGUGCCGCAUAUUAAUAAUAUAUGGCUAACAAAGGAUGGGUAUCGAACAUUAUUUGUACACCACAAAACAGAUUUAUCAACCAUGCAACUUCAUUUUGAAACGCUGGAUCCGCAUAGUGGAAUAAGGACUAUAGAAUGGACAUUUGGAACUACAGAUUUCGGACAGGACCUGUUGACUGGAGCUUUGGCUGUUGGAACGUUAUCUCAGUCUACUUGUCCAAAGACAUUACUCAACUGCUACUGCCCAGAUGUUGGGAAGUGCGAAAUUUUCAAUUAUACAGUUCCUCUGAAUAAGCUUGUUGCAAAUAAUAAGGAUGAAGGAAACCACAACCGGAAUUACUUCUUCACCAUCAAGGUUACUAACAAUGCAUUCUUGUCUAACAUUGAGCACAUUGAUAUUCUUGUUGACGAGUCUCCACCGGAACCAGGUGUUAUCUAUGAAGGGCCGGAGUUCAGCAAAGACAUAGAUUAUAUAAGCGAAGACUCCUUCAUAGUACACUGGCAUGGGUUUAUUGACCAUGAGAGCGGGAUCAAAAGUUACAGAAUUGGACUCGCCAAUCGCUGUCUAGGACAGGCAGAACUUUACAACUUUUCUAUCAACGCCGAUAUUGAAUUUUAUGCGGACGUUCUUUAUAGCGAAACUUCUAUAAGGAUUCCUGCGAAUUUCACAGGCAAACGUUUUGUUUCAAUAAUUGCACUGAAUAAUGCCAUGGAUCCUUCCAAGUGUGUGUGUUCAGAUGGUGUUACAAGAGACACAUCUCCACCAGAACCUAGAAAUAUCUCAUUACAGCACUCUACAUGGUCAGAAAGUAUUGCUUGUUUUGCGGGAAAUACUUGGCUUUUGCAUUCUUCUGUUUCAAAGGUACUUCUCCAUAAUACAUCAACUUGUUUUGAUCUUUGCUCCCACUCGUUCCAUGACGAUUCGAUAGUUUCUGCGUUCCUGGUUAGGGAUGAGAAGAUAGACAGCGAUAUUUCCGAUUUCUUGUGUCAAACAUUACCAAAAUACAACAAUAACACAGUUAUAUAUUUACCUAACGAUCACAUUUAUCUCAGCUGGGAUGUAGAUGAAACUAUUAGCCAACUUGAAGACUUCUUUGUCGGCAUUGGCUAUGACCCGACCGAAUGGAAAUCACCACAUAUUGAUGACUAUAAAUCUACAGCUAGGAAGAAGAAUUUCAAACGUCGUCACGAAGGCAUCGGAUCAAAUUCGUUGUUCUAUAUAUUCUUAAAGAUUGUUAACAAGGCCGGUCUAGAGAAAGUUACAACCCUUGGUCCAGUUUUGAUAGACGAAACGCCCCCGUUAAAACGAGGUAUACCAGAAGUCAAUAUUGUUGGAGAAAACGUUGUUAUAGGCUGGGAAAACGACACAUUUUAUGAUAUGGAGCAGUUGGAACAAAUCAAGUCGGUGUUUUUUCAAUUUGGACAUAAUGGAAAGACGUUAACUCCUCUGUUUCACUGGCAGUUGUAUAUAUCUACUCCAUGCCCAAAAUACAGUGGGGGAUGUUUCAAGUAUCCAGUUAGAAGAUUGCAAUCUCUUGACACAGAUUUGGGACUUCUGUUUUACUUAGAUAUGUAUGUGUAUAAUAAUGCUGGUCAUUCCCUCAAACUAACGCCCUCACGCUAUUCACCUGGUGAUGCAAUAGUUCUUGACAUCGACCCAGAAAUUGAGGACAAUAUUCAAGAUAUUGAUACACAUUUCACGCCAAACACGCUAUGUUUUGAAUGGUACGGAUUCAAACAUCAUGAAAAUGUUCAUGUUGAAGUAGGUGUUGGUUCAAGCAAUAUGACGGAUGAUAUAAUACCGUUCGUUGUAAUUAAUGAUACCACUAGAUAUUGUUAUCAGUCCAUCGAUAUAAAAUUUGAUAUGAGAUAUUUUGCGCUUGUGAGAGCUUCAUGUUCCGGUGGUUCAACACUUUCAUCUUCUGAUGGCAUCAAAAUCCUAAAUAAAGAAAAGUUGGUUAAAGGUAUUGAUAUCGAACUUGGACAGGACUGUUCAACGAAUAGCAAAGCUGUGUCUCUAAUGGUUGUAAAUCAAACAUAUAAUGCAUCAUUUACCUUCCCUGCCAAUAUAGGAAGAUCCUACAUCAUACAUGCACCUCUUACAAAUUUAUCCACAAGUGAUGGUAUUCUUUCGGCAUUCGGUAACGACAGACAUGAAUUUAAUUUCAUUUCAUUCGUGGACAAUCCGGCCAUUGACCUGAGUUCACAAAACGACAAUUUCACUGAAAUAACUGUCCGCAUGUGUCCGUCAACUAAAUACAUGGAUGGAGAUUUAACUGCACAUAUAUACUAUAAAGACUACAAGAGUAUGGAACUAUCACACGAGAUUGCAAUUAGCCGCAUCUCGAAUUUCUCCACAGAAUACAUUUCUCCAUUUAGGAAGACUUUGGGCGAUAUUUCAGAUGUUAUGUUAAAAAUGAACGAAACAUAUAGAUUGGCCGUACGACAGUGUUCAAGGGUCCGCUGCUUGGAGCCAGUUUUCUCAAAUGAAUUCCACCUUGACACGAUAGUUCCAGUUGGAAAUGUCCUGACACCGAGACUGAAAACUAUUAAUGAUAGAUCUUGCUCUAUCAUUGAACUGGAAUGGAAUACAUUCAGUAGUGGCAGCAAAAUACUUUUUUAUCAGUGGGCUAUUAGUAAAGACGGAGGAGCAAAUUAUAUUCUGACCAAAUGGAAAACAGAAAUGCCUGACGAUUCAGGCUUGAAUAAGGCAUUACCAAGUUCUAAUGUUGGACAACUUCUUACACUAUUUCAUGACAAUGAACUUGACUUUGGGACAACAUCUUCUGAGGUAGUAGGAUGCAUUUUGUACGCCACUGAACGAAAUACUACAUGGUAUCUAAUGACCUCCAAUCAACCACCAGAAAAUUGUGAAACAAACAAAGAGUGUGUCAUAUCCAUGACUACUAGCACCGGCUAUGUUUCUUUUAAAAAGAAUUCAAUUACACCGAACAAAAUUUACUAUAUAUGUGCAUAUUCCAAUUCUACAGUUUUAGAAAGAGAACUUUUUUCUGAAACCCUAGCUGAACUAAAUAUCUGCAGUGACGGAUUUGUUAUAGAUACUGUUGCACCGCUGCCUGGACGUAUUGAAAACGUUUCUUCAACUGGAGGUUUUCUCAGCAAUCAAGAAGCAAUUGAAGUCGCAUGGGAUGGUUUCGUGGAGAAUAUUGACGCCACAAAUCUUGGUUAUAUUGACAGACUAAAGCAAUAUAGAUUUGCUAUUGGGAGCCGACCAAACGGAGACGACAUCCAGGCAUUUACAGACGUCGGUCUUCGUCAACGUAUUGUAGUCGAUAACCUAAAUGUGACUGACGGUUCUUUAGUUUAUUUUUCUGUUGCGGCACUGGAUCACGCCGGUAAUGUAGCGAUAACAGCUUCAAAUGAAUAUAGUGUAGACACAUCGCCGCCUUCUUCUGGUAAAAUAACAACAGACAAACAAGAUAUUUACCAAACAACGGAAUCUUAUAUUACAACAGACACAGUUGUAGUUCAUUUGGCCGAGUUUAGAGAUAAAGACAGUGGCAUAUCCCACUUCGAGAUUGGUGUUGGCACCGAGCCAUAUUUGACAAACGUAUUUCAGUUGUCUAAUUACAAGGACGAUAAUAUCGAAUUGUUUUUAAACGACACACACCUCGUCGACGGGCACAUCUACUAUGUUUCAGCAAGGGCCAUAAAUCGUGCAGGGCUAGGAUCUCCGUUUGCAACACUGGAAAUGAUAGUUGACAGAUCUUCACCAACAGGUGGUCACGUAAUUGAAGGUCAUUGGACAGAGGAGAAAGAUAUAGAUUUUCAACAGGAACUCAGCCAUAUCCAUGGGUAUUGGAAAGGUUUUACUGACGCCCAUAGUGGAAUUCUCUACUAUAGAGUUGGGUUAGGAACAGAACCCUAUAUGGAUGAUGCAGAACCAAUGAUGGAAGUCGGGCUUACUCAGGAUAUAACCUGGAACGGUCAAUUUUACGAUGGACAAAUGUACUAUAUAACAGUUGCGGCUUGUAAUGGAGCAGGGCUGUGUCAAAGACGUUCAUCAAAUGGGAUAACACUAGACAAUUCUCCACCUAUAAAAGGAAUCGUAAUAGCAGGAUCAGAUAUUUUCCAUCGAAAGUACUUGUCACAUACGUCAUCCUUGCACGUUCACUGGACAGGCUUUGAAGAUCCACAAUCAAGUAUAGAUUACUACCAAAUGUGUAUUGGAACAAGUCGGCAGGCUUGUAACAUAUUGUCAAAUGUCAACUGUCUUUUGCAAUCUAAUAUUGUCAAAACUGGUCUCAGUCUUCCAAACGAUACGGAUUUAUAUGCAACAGUUAUUGCGUAUAAUAGAGUAGGCAUGAAUGUAUCUAAGACAUCAGAUUCCUUUCGUAUCGAUGAUACACCUCCCUAUUUGUCUGUCAAACCAAACUUUCUUCUUAAAUACAAAAGUAUACCUGGCAGUAUCGGACAAUGGGAAAAGUCUUUAAUAAGUAUAUACUGGGAAUUCUACGAUAAGGAAAGUCCAAUCACAAGUCAUGAAGUAAGUUUAAUUACACACCAUGAAGGUCAUACCCCUGUUGAAAACAUUCAUCUAGGGUCUCAGAAUGAAUUGACGAUUAAUCUUAAUGACAUAAACUGGCUUCAUAAUGGUGAUAAAUAUUUUGUUGCCGUCACUGCCUGUAACCAAGCAGGUCUUUGCACAACAUCACAUAGUGAUAGUCAUCUCAUAGAUUCUACACCUCCACACAUAGGUGGGUUUAAGCAACCUAUGUUCUGGGAGAAUUUUAAGGACUCAAACGGUAAAUUCAAAUCAAACUUAACAUUAACUUGGUAUGGGUUUUACGAUCAGGAAUCGGGGAUAAGUAAAUAUUACAUAACUGCCAGCCGCACAUAUAGUGGUAAUGAACUAACAAAUGGCGUAUCAGUUGUUGCUGCAUCAAACAGAAGUACCGAACAUGUACAUUCUUUGUUUGCAACAGAACUAAUUGAGCCAGAUGACCUGAUCGUUUUAUCCAUAUGGGCCGAAAAUAAUGUUGGAUUAAACAGUUCCGUCGCCCGCAUUUCGGUAAACGCAUUGUCAUUCUCUCGUUCAACAGAACAAAAGCCGAUGAAAGGAGUGUUAGAACUUGAAAAACACUCUUGCGAUAUUCAUUUCUGCACUAAGGAUUGCACGUGUGCAAUAAUAGGCAAGCCUUGUGCGCAAGCAAAAGUAAAUACGUCCUGUAACUCAAUAAACAGUUCAUCCAAAGAUACACUCAUACCUCGGGUUGAAGUAUACGGAGGAUUGAAUGAAGAACAUGUCAAUAUAACCGCAUCGUCUGCCUGCUUGACUGGAAUAUGGACCAUUGAUAGACAGAACAGUUCGUCCAUGGACAUUCUUCGCUUCGAGUGGAGUGUUGGGUUACUCAAUCAACCAGUAGGCGAAGGUGUUUUUGAUUUGAAACAUGAGAUUCCGUGGAAGGAUAUUGGUCUGGGAAAUUCGUUUGUGCAUUGCCUGCCUACAAAUAGGUCGCUUAUUCAUUCUAGAAAGUAUGUGAUAUAUGUAAGGGCUUGGUUGACAUUCGAGAAAUAUGUCGUGUAUAAAUCCAAUCCCAUUUUAAUUGAUCAAACACCACCAGCUAUUAAACGAGGCCGGUUUAUUAUUGAUUCUAAUGAAUUAUGCAUUGAUGACUUCGACAUCAUUAAUUGGAUGAAUACCAUUACUGCAUGCUGGAAAGGAGUUUUUAGUGAUCAGCAAGGACAGAUCAUAUAUUAUACUGUUUCUCUUGGUACUUCUCUAUAUGCGGACGAUAUACUUCGGACCACAAAUGUGAAUUUGGAUACGAGCUUUACGUUACAAAAUACCACAUUGUCACAUGGUACUGAAUACUUUUUUACUGUGUCAGCAUAUAACAGCGUUGGAUUACACACUAUAUCAACGUCUGACGGCUUUACAAUAGAUAUGGACAAUCCUAUAUCUGGUGUUAUUUUCAAUACUCUAAAACAUAAAAACAAACCAUUUCAGCCAUCAUCAGCAAGUAUCGGUUUUUCGUGGCAGGGUUUUCAAGAUGAAUUCUCUGGGAUUCGUAAUUACUUUUGUGCUGUCGUUACCAGUUCAUAUGUAAAAACUGACUCGGUUAACUUCACAAAAGUUGGUUUGAAAACAAAGUACACUUUUGAAAAUAUGUCUUUACAACAUGGAAUGACCUACUUUGGCGUUGUUAAAGCUGAAGAUAAUGCUAGGCAUACAAGCGAUAUCGUCAUCUCAAAAGGCGUAACAAUCGACACAACUCCGCCUAAGGGCUACAGAUGCCUAAACUAUGCCCUCACUGAGCAAAAUACCAAGUAUAUACGAAAUAAAGAAGACAAUAUGAUUGAAAUUCAAGAAAACCUGACUGUGAAUGAAUUAUAUAAAAUAUUCGGUAAUAUAACGUACAAUGAGAUAAAAACGCCCAAAAUUAUAAUCCAUAUUGAUAGAUUUCACAUGGCUCUCCCAAUGGCACGGAAACAUGAUGGCUCUCUUAGUUUUGAAUACAGUUUUCUCGCGUCCUCUUCAGGUGUUUUUAAUAUAUCUUUGGAAAUGGAACAUUUUCAUAAUGUAACAGUUUCUGUUGCAUUAAGCAAAUGUAACAAAGUGAUAGAGGACAUGGACACAGCCGUUUUAUUGCAGCAGAUUUCUCGUUCAAGUGUAGCUGUUAAUAUCGUCGUUAUAGACAGAGAGAGUUCUUUGUACAGGCUAGCGGUUGGUGCUGGUACGACAUUCGGAGGAUUCCAGAUACAACCACUCUCCCCUGUACACCAUCGAAACAAACACGGAUUGAUUUACGCAAAUAUCCCACAUGGUAGUCCUGUGUACGUGACGGCAGUAGUUGAGAAUCUAGCAGGCCUAAGUGCUGUCUUUCAUGCCACACCAAUUACAAUUGACCAUACUUCCCCAUCAAUAGGCGAUUUAGAAGGUUCCAUUAGAAGCUGGCAAGUCAAUGUUACUGGCAAAUAUGAGUAUUAUUCCACUGUUACAGCUCAUUGGAAAGUAUCAGACGAUGAAAGUGGAAUUAAGUAUUGUCUUUGUUGUUUAGGUCAUGGGCCAGAACUAUACGAUAUACAGCAAACAUGGCUAUCGCAAUAUGAAACUUCUUGUGUAUCUCAGAAAUUUCCGUCCUUUCACGGAGAUGUCAUAUAUGUCACUGUCAAAUGUGUGAAUAACGUCGAACUUGCAACUGAAUCAUCGACACAAUCGUUAAUUGUAUCGAUUAAAAAUCCUACCACGGACAAGGCGAAACUGAUGUUCAUACCAGUCAAUAACGAGGCAUCACUAUACACAUCCCCCAAAAAUGAACACUUAGCAAUACAGUCGAACACAUCUUGCCUAUAGCUAAAAUGGGAUGGUUUUAACGACCCGUCUGGCUUUGCAUACUUCGAAUAUCGUAUUCUUAAGGGCAAAUUUCCGUUUAUUGAUUGGAGAAAAACAGACAGGCAGAUGGUAACUAUCGAAGGAAUCGAUUUACCAAAUGGAGAAUUCACAGCAGAAGUCCGAGCAACGAAUGUUGGACACUUGACUAGCGAAGCUGUGAGCUCGAUGUUAAUUAUUGAAGGCGAUUCACCAUUGCUUACAGGGUAUGGUAUAUUAAUGGCAAGAAGUGGAAAUACAAUGAAUAUGAACUGGAGUGGAGUGUUUACAACAACCAAAGGCGUUCCUUUGUCUUAUAGUUUAAUGGUAGGAACAAAGGCUGGGAUAAACGACAUCGCCGACAUAGACUACACAAGCUCUCCUAGUAUAUCGCUAGCGCUGCCUGAGUCUACCAUAAUUACACCACACCUGGAGGAGAUACACGUGAGGUUGAUCUGCACAUAUGCGACAGGACGUUAUAAGGCCUUUUACAGCAGCUUCAAAACUGGCUGAAUGAUUCCGAACAAAAUUUUACUUUUGAUAAUUUGUGUAACUAUCAUUUAUAUUUAAAAUAUUUUAACUCUAAAUUUUGUGUUUUAAAUGUCUUUUUGUUUAUUUUCUCUAUUUCUCUAUUUCAAUUGACAGAAUGAUGUAAUUAGCAUAGUAUACUUAUAUUUAAUCAGAAUACAUAAUAAAUGAAAAAUGACA